AUGUCCUAUCUCCACGCCAGCGAGGUCUCGGCGCACGGGAAGCUUAGAUCCUGCAACUGCUUGAUCGACUGUCGGUUCGUCUUGAAAAUUUCAGACUUCGGCCUGAAGACCCUCACUACGCCCUCUGAUCUGAUAAUGGACGACAUUUAUUACACCAAAUUGCUUUGGAUCGCUCCAGAGCUACUGCCUCUGACGGUGAUGCCUGGGAGCACAGCGACCCAGAAGGGCGACGUUUACAGCUUCGCCAUAAUUUUAGAGGAGAUCGUCGUUCGCGGGGGACCCUACGAAACGGUUAAAGCGUCAAUGACCUCCCAAGAGAUCGUGAGUCGCGUGACCGCGUCAGAAACGCCGCCGUUUAGACCGGAAGUGACGCCAAAGGAUUGCCCACUGGAUAUCCUCUCGCUGAUGGAGAAAUGUUGGAACGAGAUCCCAGAGGAGCGACCAACCUUUCACGCCGUACGUGGAACCAUACGCGGCAUCAUGAAAGGUUACUGCGAGAAUUUAAUGGACGAUCUGUUGAGGCGGAUGGAGCAAUACGCGAACAAUUUGGAGGCUCUCGUCGAAGAGAAAACGGAGCAGCUGAGUCUAGAAAAACGACGAAGCGAAGAGCUUCUUUACCAAGUACUCCCACGCCAGGUGGCGUGCCAACUGAUGGCGGGAGAAUUGGUCCAACCGGAACAAUUCGAAUGCGUGACGAUUUAUUUCAGCGAUAUAGUGGGAUUCACAGCUCUUUGCGCGCAGAGUACGCCGAUGGAAGUGGUGGACUUCCUUAAUGACCUCUACAGCACUUUCGAUCGCAUCAUCGAAUUCUACGAUGUCUACAAGGUGGAGACGAUAGGAGACGCGUACAUGGUAGUAUCCGGCCUACCAGAGAGGAACGGCGACGAGCACGCAAGGGAGAUAGGCCUGAUGGCGUUAGCCAUUUUGGACGCCGUGAAAUCGUUCACAAUAAUGCAUAAACAGAACGCUCAGUUGAGCGUGAGAAUUGGAGUACACAGUGGGCCCGUUUGCGCCGGCGUCGUGGGCCAGAAGAUGCCCCACUAUUGUCUCUUCGGCGACACUGUAAAUACUGCGUCCAGGAUGGAAUCUUCGGGACUGCCGCUUUGCAUACACGUGUCCAAAGCAACGAAAUGCAUACUGGACAAGUUUGGGACGUUCGACCUCGAGCUCAGGGGCGAAGUGGAGCUAAAAGGGAAAGGACGAGUCACUUCUUACUGGUUGAGAGGUUGCUCGGAACCAGAUCCACGACCUCUAACCCCGAAAUACCGCAGGCACAGCGUCAGCUCCCCAGAAAACAACCUUAACCCCCUGAUUUUCCCACCGAACAACGCCAACGGCCCGAGAACAAACAACAACACUUUCAUUAACUUGUCCGAGCUACAGUAGAAC